AUGGCAACAGAUAUCAGAACAAACAAGGUUAAGAACGAAGAGUUCAAGAUCUGGAAGAAAACUAUCCCAUCCUUGUAUGAGCAUAUCUCUACAUUGCAACCUAAAAUCUUUAGCCCUUCUGAAAGUGCCCAGUCACCUGAAAGGAGAGUUUUGUUCACCGAACUUAUCUCGGAAGAGGCAGAUAAGGGUUUAUUGAACACGUCUAUUUACUAUUCGCAACGGAGCGAAAUAUACGAGAUUGGUGUACAGCUGCCUAUUGGAGCUUAUACAAGUCAUGAUGAUAAAGAGCUACCACAGCCUAGGUACAGCGAAUUUUUCUCAGAGCCUGCCAAUGCAAAAUGGGUUUUCGAGGGACAGUCCAUUGCGUCAUUCAAAGCUAACCAUUCCACAUCGGCUCUGAUUGUAAUGAGUAAAAAGGGUACACUCGCAUGGUACAAUGGCUCUAGUAAGAAACCAUUGAAAAGUUUAGAAAGAUCUUCAGAAAAAGAUGUUACGGCUGACUUCGAUAUUUCAACUGAUGGAAAAUAUGUGGUCAGAUUCGAAUCUCCGGUUCCAGAAUCUGCACAGAGCGGAACGAAAAUCACCGUCAUCAACAAUACUGACAAUAUAGGUGACGUGCUACAUACCAUUACAUUGCCAAAUACCAAACAGGCUCGGUGCGUUAAAUUCCACACUGCUACAUUGUUCAGCACAGUCACUGAGGAUAAUCUGUUAAGAUUUUGGGAUAUUAGAGCUCGAGAUGAAAUGUUAUUUAGCUUGGCCUUGCACUCAAUUUCCAGUUCUAGUGAGGGUUCGACUGCAGGAUCAGAAGUUGAAGAUGAUGGUACGAUAAACGUUGUUGAAGCAUCGAAACAGUUUGAUACUCUUUUCAUUACUGGUUCUGAUGCCGGUGUUAUUAAACUAUGGGAUUUACGUUCCAUUGCCGCUAGAAAUUCCACAGAAGUGAAGGAUGCCACAGAAAUAGUCACAUUGUACCAAUUAGAUAACGAUCCUGUGGUCGAUAUCCAAUUCAGCCCCUUGGAACCCGAAUGUUUCCUCACUGUAGGUGCUUCGGGAAAUGUGUACCAUUGGGAUAUCAGCUAUUUAAUCAACGAAAGCGAGCAACAGGGCGAAGACAGUGCAGAUUCUGAUGAAAUAUAUCAAGAUGACAUACAAGAACAUUCUUUGAAAUUCUUACAUACUGGCGGCGGUAGAAGAUCCGCCUACAAACCUGAUAAUACAGUUUUGAUCAAGGGUUCUGUAACGCAGCAUCCUUUGAUUCGAGAUAUAAUUGGUACUGUUGACGGGGAUGGCUACCUAACUAUAUACAAAGGUUUUUAUGGCAGAGACGGAGAGGUUGCAGAAUCUGAGUAA